AUGAAUGCCAUCGAUGCAGACGCCGGACAAAAUGCUGCAAUCACUUACUGGUUGGACGAGCAGAGCAAGGAGGCAAUGCAUGACUUUCAGAUUGAGUCGGACACCGGUUGGAUCGUGACGAGGCGGCCAUUCGACCGCGAGCUCGAGCCACACUUUGAGACUAGUCACACUUUAUUCGAGGGUGAAGCUGAACUUGAGUUUAUUACCACUUCGGAACUUCGUCGAGCCCAGACGAUUGGGGGGACCUUUAAUCGUCGAUCUUUGUACAAAAAGGUCCCCAUUUCACCUAACCUUGAUGGUUCGUAUGUACCAUGGCAACAAACGAGCACGACGAAGCACUACUUUUAA